AUGAAUUCUCUGCUGUUCCUUCUGCUCUCGAUUACCUUGGUGGCUACUGUGAUUGGAGCCCCUUACUUUGGUGGAUUCGGUGGUGGCUUUGGCCACCACCACCAUCAUCACUUCUUUGGACCCGGCGGAGGAUUCGGAGGACAUGGCUUUGGUCUAAACAUUCUAUUUGAAGAAUUCAACGACAUUCAAUGGGUCUUUUCGGAUAAUCCACCCGAUAUCAGCUUUGAAGUAUCGAUGUGGUUUUAUGAAAUUUGUGAUUACACUUGGAAAGCGGUAGGAGAUGGGAAAUCUCAAGUU